UCAAAGUUUUCUACUUAAAUUGUGAGGUAGCAAAACCAUGGAAAAGUGGCCUGAUGAAAUUUAAUUUUGAAGACUUUUAUUUUCCAAAUACUAGAACAGGGACAUUUUAAUUGCUACUUUUUGGAUAAUGUAGAAACAUGAUUAAUAUUUUUUAUUUAUACUUUAUCAGGUAAUUGUUUUCAAGAUUUGAAAUUGCUGAUUGACUCAUUUCUGCCUCCUGCCCCAACAUCAUCGGUUCCUGUUGUUCAUAUGAAUCAAAUUAUUUUAGACAUUUAUAAAACCAUGCAGAUUUGUUUCGUUUUUGUUGUUUCUUCGGGUGAUUUGUUCUUUUUUAUUAUUUCAUUUGAGAAAAAUGAAGAGGGCAAUGCAAUUAGAUGGAAAUGGGGGGAAAAUGCAAUAACUAAAACAUUGAAAGACUCCACAACAUUUUGGAUAAGUAAGGACAACCCCAAAGUACUACACAAAUUUAGCUGUCUUAGCUAGCACACACACACUUUCCCAUUUAUACUUAUUCCCACUUUAGGGAGGACUCGAAAUUCAAGAGACCAGAUCUCACUUGGUAAUACAGAUUUCUCCACGAGAUGGCACUCAUCCAGUUUCAGUUUCUAUCAUAAGAUUUGCAGUAUAUUGGCAAUCACAAAAUAAAUAGAAAUGUGAUUUAUAUUUUAUUAUUGUGCAUCUUAUUUCAUGUUUUGUCAUACAGAAUUUCCUAUUGUGUUUCUCAACUUAGGGAAAAAAUAGGAUGUAGUGUUGAUGUACAGGGGAUGAACUGCAGUGUGAAUUGUGUCUGUAGAAAUGGUUCCGCUCUCCUUAUCAGAUUUAUUCUGCCCUAGAUUUUUCAUUAUAAUCUAGGUUGUCAUUGCUCAAUGUUUUCACUCUUUACAUUAGGUAACAUCUCUGAAUGUAAAAAUUAUCUUUUUAAAAAGGAAUGUAAACAUUUAUGAUAUGUUCUAUAAUGUGAAUGAAAAUAUAUGCAUGAGGGAGUAAACAACAAAGAAUAAUGUAUUUGAAUAUUGAAGUACUUUGAAGGAAGUUGCAGAAGCUGCAACUCUAAAGAUUUGACAACUCCAGUUUUUAACAAUGCUGAAAUCAAAUGACUCCUUGUUUUCUUUGGAUAAUUUGUUUUCUGAACAACCAACUGAAGCUGAAAACUAUCCAGAAAAUGAAAAAUCACUGGAUUUGUUUCUCCAGCCUGCUCCAUUGAUUUCAGAAAUUCCAGACACUCAGGCAUUAGAAGAAGAAAUAGAAAGUUGUAAACUUUUAGCUCAGAAAAGGAGACCAAAAAUGUUAACAUCAAAUUUGAAGAUAACUCAUGAAGACACAAAUUCUGUUUCACCAAUACAAAAGUUCCAGUUUGCCUCUCCUUCUAGAAAAUAUAAGGAAGAUGAUCUAAAUUUAGGAGGAGAAGCUAAUAAUGAUUUACCACAUGUUCCUCUGAAGCUGACAUAUGGUUCUUCCCAGAACAGAAAUAACAUUGGCACUGGGAUAGCACCUGAGAAAAAUAUUUCUGAUGAUGUAAAAUUAGUUAAUUUUAUAGAGGAUGAAGGAGCAAGCACAUCAACCUUUAGAAAAAGAUUAUUUAAAACAUCUGACAGUACAUAUGGGAGUGCUUUUUCUAAUGACAGUGCAAACUUGGACUCUCAUAUUGGCUCAGUGAAAACUGUCCAAACAGAAAUGAACAAAGGGAGCUCAUGGAAAUAUAGCAAUAGCAAGCAGAAACCUCAGUAUCCAAGCAUUAACAUGUUUACAGCAAGUGAUGCUUUUUCUACUUCUGAACUCGGAGGAAGCAUAUUCAAAGCACCAUCUUUUCCAGCUGUAUCCCCACCUCAAGGGGUAACAGAAAAUUGUUCAGGUUCCUUGAAGGCUAUCACAGAAAUCCCAACAAAAUUUAGAAGUAUUUUCAAAGAAUUCCCAUAUUUCAACUAUAUACAGUCCAAAGCCUUUGAUGAUCUUCUUUACACAGAUAAGAAUUUUGUGAUUUGUGCUCCAACUGGUUCUGGGAAAACGGUACUGUUUGAAUUAGCUAUAACAAGAUUGUUAAUGGAAGCACCAUUGCCAUGGUCAAAUAUUAAAAUUGUUUACAUGGCACCAAUAAAAGCCCUGUGUAGUCAGCGUUUUGAUGACUGGAAAGGAAAAUUUGGACCAAUAGGAUUGAAUUGCAAAGAACUCACUGGAGAUACAGUAAUGGAUGAUCUAUUUGAGAUUCAGCAUGCCCAUAUUAUUAUGACAACUCCAGAAAAAUGGGAUAGCAUGACUAGGAAAUGGAGAGACAAUUCCUUGGUCCAGUUGGUUCGACUGUUUCUCAUUGAUGAGGUACAUAUUAUAAAAGAUGAAAAUCGUGGCCCAACUCUAGAAGUUGUAGUCAGCAGAAUGAAAACUGUACAGUCUUUAUCUCAUACUUUAGAAAAUACCAGCAUUAUUAUUCCAAUGAGAUUUGUAGCUGUAUCUGCAACAAUUCCAAAUGCAGAGGAUAUUGCAGAGUGGCUUUCAGAUGGUGAAAGACCUGCUGUAUGUUUAAAAAUGGAUGAGAGCCAUAGACCUGUGAAACUUCGGAAAGUGGUCCUUGGAUUUCCCUGCAGUAGUAACCACACUGAAUUUAAGUUUGAUUUAACCCUGAACUACAAAAUCGCCAGUAUUAUACAAACAUAUUCUGAUCAGAAACCCACACUUGUGUUUUGUGCAACAAGAAAAGGUGUGCAACAGGCUUCUUUAGUUCUUGUGAAAGAUGCUAAAUUUAUUAUGACUGUGGAACAAAAGCAAAGAUUACAAAAGUGUGCAAAUUCCAUAAGAGAUACAAAACUGAGAGAUAUCUUAAUACAUGGUGUUGCUUUUCAUCAUGCUGGUAUGGAGUUAUCAGAUAGAAAACUAGUUGAAGAAGCUUUUACUGUUGGAGAUCUACCAGUUCUUUUUACUACCAGUACUUUGGCUAUGGGAGUAAAUUUGCCUGCUCAUCUAGUAGUUAUAAAAUCUACAAUGCAUUAUGCUGGAGGAAUGUUUGAAGAGUACAGUGAAACAGAUAUUCUGCAGAUGAUUGGUAGAGCUGGUCGACCUCAAUUUGACACUACAGCUACUGCAGUUAUUAUGACUCGAUUAAGUACAAGAGAGAAGUACAUUCAGAUGUUAGCUUGCAGUGACACUGUAGAAAGCAGUUUGCACAGACAUCUUAUCGAGCAUUUAAAUGCAGAGAUAGUGUUGCACACCAUCACAGAUGUGAAUGUUGCUUUGGAAUGGAUACGGUCAACCUUGCUUUAUAUCAGAGCCUUGAAAAAUCCAUCUCAUUAUGGUUUUGUAUCUGGAUUGAACAAAGAUGGAAUUGAAGCCAAAUUACAAGAAUUAUGUUUGAAGAAUCUGAAUGAUUUAUCAUCUCUUGAUUUAAUAAAGAUGGAUGAAGAUGUUAAUUUCAAACCAACCGAGGCAGGAAGAUUGAUGGCUUGGUAUUAUAUUACAUUUGAGACAGUGAAGAAAUUUUGUACAAUCAAUGGAAAAGAAACUUUAUCGGAUCUGGUCACAAUGAUAGCCAGCUGUAAGGAAUUUCUAGAUGUACAGUUAAGGACAAAUGAAAAGAAAACACUGAAUACUUUGAAUAAAGAUCCAAAUCGGAUAACUAUCAGAUUUCCAAUGGAAGGAAGAAUUAAAACAAGAGAAAUGAAAGUAAACUGUCUUAUUCAGGCUCAGCUAGGAUGCAUCCCUAUACAAGACUUUGCUUUGACACAAGAUACCUCUAAGAUUUUCAGAAGCGGCUCACGAAUUACAAGAUGGUUAUCAGAUUUUGUGGCUCCUCAAGAAAAGAAGUUUGCUGUAUUACUGAAUAGUUUGAUUUUAGCUAAAUGUUUUAGAUGCAGACUUUGGGAAAACUCUUUGCAUGUAUCCAAACAGCUGGAAAAAAUUGGUAUAACAUUGUCAAAUGCAAUGGUAAAUGCAGGUUUGACUUCCUUUAAAAAAAUAGAAGAAACAGAUGCAAGGGAACUUGAACUGAUUUUAAAUAGACAUCCACCUUUUGGAACUCAGAUAAAGGAAACUGUGAUGUAUCUACCAAAAUAUGAACUUGAAGUGGAACAGAUUGCAAGAUACAGUGAUACCAUGGCAGAAAUAGUAGUGACUAUUAUAUUAAGAAACUUUGAACAACUGCAAACUAAAAGAACAGCUCCAGAUUCUCACUAUGUUACCUUAAUCAUAGGUGAUACAGAUAACCAACUGGUUUUUAAGCACAAAAUUAUGGAUUCUGUUUUGCUAAAAGCUGGAAACUGGGCUAAAAAGAUUGAUGUGAAGAGAGCUCUUAAAUCUGAAGAUCUUAGCAUAAAUCUAAUUAGUUCUGAAUAUGUUGGACUUGAUAUUCAGCAAAAAUUUACAGUUUAUUACUUAGGACCCAAAAGGUUUGGAAAUCAAAUAAUUGUGCAAAAAAAAGCAGCAGCAGUGAUUUCCUGCUCUAAAGAUUCAGAUAGGUUUAAUACAGCAGGCUCCAAUAAAGGAAUGACAGCUUGCAAAAAACCUGGGAACAGAGAAUGCAACCAUCACUGCAAAAAUAAACAUACUUGUGGACAUGACUGCUGUAAAAUUGGAGUUGCACAGAAGUCAGAAAUGAAAGAGUCAACAAUUUCUUCAUACUUAUCUGAUUUAAGAAACAGAAAUGCUUUUUCAUCUCUUCCUCCAGUUAAACGUCUCAAGAUGCAGAUAAAUAAAUCUCAAAGUGUGAACCUUAAAGAAUUUGGUUUUACUCCAAAACCUUCUCUUCCCAGUAUAUCAAGGUCAGAAUAUUUAAACAUGCCUGAAUUGCCUAUAAUGGAGCAGAGGGAUCAGCAUGAAGUCCAUGCAAAAGUUCAACAACAAGAACCAUCUGAAUAUCAAGACAAAGGUUUAUCUAGAUGGAACUAUUCUACAAUGUCAAAUGAGAAAGCCCCCCAAGCAGUGCUCUUCAACAAAAAUCUUAAUGUGUCUGGAAACCAGAAUUUGACAGAUGUGGAUAAAAGCAAGUCUCCAUUUUCAGAAGUUUUGAAUGUGAACUUUGAACUGGGAAAUGAAGUUUGGGAAGAUUUUGAUGAUGAAAACUUAAUAGAAGUUACUAACUUUUCAGCUGAUACUCAGAUAAAAUCAUCAGGAUUUGGAGACAUGUUGAGUUCCAGUAUGAGGGAAAGUAAGCUAGCCUUCCAACAGUCAAAAAGCAAAUUCCAGAGAGAAAUGUCAAACAGUUUUGUUUCUUCACAUGAGGAACCAGAUACUUAUUUAUCAACUUCUGCUAUGUCCAAGUUUGAUACAUCCUCCAUGAUGAAAUCACCUCAACCAAGUGGAAAUGCAAAUAUUGUCCAUUUCCAAGAAAGAAAACAACAAAGUCUGUCACCAGAGAUUGAGAAGUUAUGCUUUACUGGUUCUGUAAAAAAAACAAAUUCAUCAAAAUUUGUUAAGAAUGUGGAUUUCUUUAUUAGAAGCAGUGACUAUAAAGAGGAAAUUGAUUUUAGUAGGUAUCAUCCUGACAAUGAAGCUGAUGAAAUAAAGUCUUUUCUAGGAAUAUUUGAUGGUAUUUUCUAAAACAAAUCCCCCAGAAAUGCCUCCUAUAUCAAUAAGACAAAGCAUAAAGAGACUUGGUUACAAAACAUGAUUUUAUUUUUAAAAAAUAAUUUAUAAUUGUUUAGAUUUCUCAUGAAUUUGAUCAGUUUUGUCAACUUUUCCCAUUAUGUUGUAAUUUUGUGAAAAGCACAUUUAACAGUGCUUUGUUUCAGUAAGAUGAUAACUUACACUUGAAAAUAAUUAUUUGGUUAUUAAUUAGAUUUUGAGAGGAACCAAUUUAAAAUUUCAUUCAUAUAUUUUCUUAAGAAGAAAGGUAUUCUGUGAAAGCAAAAUAAUGCUAGGUCAGUGAAUCCAUGUAUUGUAUGAAUUAUGCACAAAUAUUUUUCUUUUACUAAAGAUUUUUAAGAAUCCAGUGCUGUCUGAACCUGUUAUAUAAGUUAAACGAUAAUAAAUGAAAUGUUAAUAUAUAUCAUUGUUUUCCUUUAGCUUGUUUUUCAGUGUGGUGAAUUCUAAAAUUUUGUUAUGUGUACUAUAACAGAAGCUACUUUACAUUAUUUUCCAAUGAACUAUAUCUCAAAUAUGUUUAUUGAUAAGUAGUUUAUAGGUACUCUAAGCAAUGUAUGUUUAAUUUAUUUAUAUAUACAGUGUGAAGCUCAGUUAAGAAAUUUUGGGAAAUAAGUUUUUUUUAAAUAAAAACCUUAAAAAUGAUAAGUAAAGAAGAGAAACUUUUGGAGAUUGUUAUUGUUAUUAUUAGUAAACAUUUAUGAGGUAUGUUAUUUAUUAUACUUAGAAGAAAAAGCUUAAAACAAAGCUAAGAGACUUUUUGUUUGUGUUGAAAAAUAAGCACAACCUCUUCCUUUAUAUUAGUCAUCUUUACAAUUGGUAUGUUUCUGCAUCUGAAUCAAUCAUGCUACAACCUUUAAAGGUUAUUAAGCUCUAUUAAAAUGAAAAAUUGGUGCACUACGAUCUGCUUAUCUUGCAUACAUAGACUUUGACAGUAAAGAAAAAGCAAUUUAAUUCAACAAGACUUAUUGUGAUAUGCUAAGUGAAAAGCACUGUACUUGGUGCUGCAAAGGAUGUAAAUGAUGAAAACAUUGUUUUUUAUCUCAUGGAACUUUCUUUACAUUCUGGUACAGAAAUUAAGACAAAUAAUAAAGCAGUAAUGUAGAAUACUUUAAAGAAGUGGUUCUCAAGCUUCAGAGGGCAUCGGAAUCAUUGAGAGAGCUUGUUUGAAAACAAAUUAGUGGGCACCAUACCCAGUGUGUUGACUCAGGUUUGGAGUGGAGCCUGAGAAUUUGCAUUUCUUAACAAGUUCCCAAGUUUUGCUGCUGCUGCUGCUGCUGCUGUGGCCUCUAGCCACAUUUUGAGCAUAAUUAAGUAGAGGUUUAAAGAGUUAUGUGAAGGGUCCUCCCUGGUGAUGCAUGGGUUAACAUCUCAGUGCUUGUCGCUAGCCACACCAGCCACUGAGGCAUGGGUUCGAUCCCCUGCCAGGGAGCUACCCCACAUUGUGCAGCAGACCUCUCCUGUUUCUCCUACUGCUGCCCUCAGCAGUGUUUUUCAGUCAGUCUGCCUGUUCUGCUCCCCACUCUGUCUCUGGUGAAUCCUCUUGUCGCCUCACCUCUGACCUAUACCCCCAUUCUUAUAUGCAUAAAUAAAUAAAAAUAAAUCUAAAAAAAAGUAAAGAGUUAUGGGGAUACAUAGGAAAGAAUAUAAUCUUGGUCAUGAGUUCAGGGAAGCCUUUAUGGGAAGUUAAAAUUUGAUUUCAGUCUUGACUUGAUAUAUGAAUAGGAUUUUGAUGAACAAAUAUAUGAAAGAAGGACAUUUUAGGUAGAGGGGAUAACUUAAACUCCAACGGAGGGAAGUAUCUAUUUGGAGAAUAAUGAAUAGAUAAUUUUAAACACAGAUAAUUGUGGGAUGUGUUUGAAAUGUACAUUAAGACAAGACAGUAUAGAACUUUACAUGCUAAGAUAAGAAACCUGAGGUUUACACAGUAGAGUAACAUUCCCCAAACUAGCCAGAUCAUAAGAAUCAUCUGGAUAAUAUGUUAAAUAUGCAGAUUCCGAGAAUUCAUCUAAGAUCAACUUGUUCAGAAUCUCCACUGGAGGAAACUGGAGCCUCUACAGUUUUAAGAAGCAAUAUAGAUCAUUUGUUAUGAUCAAUCCAGUUUUGGAAAUACUUGGGUAGAGAAAGGUUCACUUCCUUAGCAAUAAAAAUGAGUGGCAUCUUGACAGUGUUAUAAAGAUGACUUACUUUGUGUAAGUAUUUACCUGGAUAAUUAUGUGUACAUUAAACCUGUUACAGAUACUAUUAGUGGUAUCCAGUCACUGAGUGUUUUUUCCAUGAAGUAACUAAUAACCCUAAAGUUUCCUAUUUUGUAA